AUGGAGCCAGAAGGGACUGUCAACAGGACGUACACUCUUGAUGACAUACAUCCCUGCUAUGAGUUAGAUAAUGGAACUUAUGUAUUUACAAGCAACCCUUCACUAAUAUGUGUAUUAUUAUAUGUUUUCCUCGGCUCAUUGUCUGUUGUCACAGUAUGUGGAAAUCUUCUUGUGAUAAUCUCCAUCGUUUAUUUCAAACAGCUCCAUGUCCCUACUAACUACCUCAUCCUGUCUCUGGCUGUGGCUGACCUGUCUGUAGGAGUUUUGGUUUUUCCUUCCAGCAUGGCAGUCACUGUAACCUCAUGUUGGUAUCAUGAAGGUUUAUUUUGUAAAGUACGAGGGAGCUUUGAUGUGACUCUAAGCACAGCCUCUAUUUUGAACUUAUGCUGUAUUUCUAUUGACAGAUAUUAUGCAGUGUGUCAGCCUCUCGCUUAUAGAAGUAAAAUAAAUGAUCGUGCUAUCGGGAUUAUGAUCCUGGUGAGCUGGGGAGUUGCUGCUCUAAUUGGAAUUGGCAUUGUAAUUGCAGGGUUUAAUCAAGGAAAAUGUGAAGAAAGUUGUUUAAUUGAUGCUCUAAUAUCAACCACUCUGGCAUGUAUUUUCUCAUUUUACAUUCCAGUCAUAAUAAUGCUCUGUAUCUACCUGAAGAUUUUCAUUGUUGCACAGAAACAGGCAAACAGCAUCCAGAACACAUCCUGUCAGAGCUCAAAGUCUGGAACAACUGUCAGUAAAAUGGAGAGAAAGGCCACCAAAACUCUGGCUAUAGUUAUGGGAGUUUUUCUCUUAUGUUGGACUCCUUAUUUUCUUUGCAUGAUCUUUCAGCCUUUAACAUAUGAUAUAACACCAGUAGCUGUGAUUGAAACCCUUAACUGGUUUACACUGUCAAACUCAAUGCUCAAUCCAUUUAUUUACGCUUUCUUUUACAGCUGGUUCAGAUCAGCUUUUAGAAUGAUCAUUUCUGGAAAAAUAUUUCAAGGUGAUUUUACCAACUCAAAGCUGCUUUAA